AUGCCACCACCAACCCCUCCAGCAGAUGGCACUGCUCAGCCGGCACACGCAGCUACGCCCACAGAUACACCCACGACGGCGCCCGCACCCAGAUCUACACGAGCACCUUCAACAAAUUCGCCCAGUUCCGUCGUCCGCCUCAUGUACGCUUAUGUCACCGCCGAGACCCUGAUUAAGCCUCUGAUGUUCUUGACUGCGAUCUCGAUUCUGAUACCUAGUCAUACCGUGGCCGAAAAUCAGCAAAUACUUGUUGAUGGCGAGCUUGGCUGUGUGGAUCACUGGACGGGUCUCUUGGAUCUGGCGACCAUAUCCAUGUGGAGUAAUGGUCCAGCCGAGAGGAGGAGGGAGUUAGAAGAGGCGAGGCGGGAGCUGGAACAAGCGACGCGGGAGAGGGACAGGCUGCUGGCGCAACAGGCGGAGGAGCGAGAGAGAGACAAUGCUGGCGAAUGA